CGGCCGAGCUCCUCAGUCAGUGCUCGCGGCUCCGCUCGCGGCUCCUGCUCCUCCGCUGCCCGGCCCGAGCGGCGAUUUCCCCAGAGCCCGCUGUCCCGGGGAACGCGCACCGGCCCGGCCGUGCCUCACGGCCCCCUCGGCGCCCCGCGACCCCGCGACCCCACGCCGCGGCCGCAGCAUGGGCGGGGGCGCGCGGCGCGGCCCCGGGGCUCGGGCGCGCGCGUAGCCGGCCGCCAUGGCGUGGACGCGCCUGCGGGCGCUGCUGCUGCGGAGGGGCGACGCGGCGCCGCUCUUCCUCAACGACGCCAGCGCCUUCGACUUCGCGGACGACGCGGGCCCCGCGGGCCUGCCGCGCUUCAACAAACUGCGCGUGGUGGUGGCCGCGGAGGAUGACGGCGACACGGGCGACAGGCCGGGCAUCGGCGCUCUCCCGGCGCCGCAGGCCGACGACGACGCGCUGCUGGAGCCCGAGCCGCCGCCGGCGCGCGGCCGCCUGAGCCUCGGGCCCGACCCCUGCGACGGCUGCAGCCGGCGGCGCGAGCGCGUGCGACUGCGGCGCGUGAGGACUCGGCUGACGCUCGCCGCCGCGCUCUACCUACUCUUCAUGGUCGGCGAACUCGUAGGUGGCUAUAUUGCCAACAGCCUGGCGGUCAUGACGGACGCUCUGCACAUGCUGACAGACCUCAGCGCCAUUGUGCUCACCCUGCUGGCUCUGUGGCUGUCUUCCAAGUCGCCAACCAGAAGAUUCACCUUUGGAUUUCACCGGCUAGAGGUGCUGUCGGCCAUGGUCAGCGUGCUGCUAGUGUAUAUCCUCAUGGGCUUCCUGCUCUACGAAGCCGUGCAGAGGACGUUGCACACCAACUACGACAUCAACGGGGACAUCAUGAUAGUCACUGCGGCCGUGGGCGUGGCUGUGAACCUCAUGGUCUCCCUGUGCAGUCCAAGUUGGCCACACACUGGCCUCCUGCCUCCGCCUCCCCAGUGCCAGGAUUACAGAAUGGGGCUCCUGCUGAACCAGUCCGGCCGCCACGCCCACUCCCACACGCCGCCCCCCAGCUCUCCCGGAGGCGCGGCCCCCGGGGAGCACAAGCCGGGGCAGGACAGUCUGGCGGUGCGAGCUGCCUUUGUGCACGCCCUCGGGGACCUGGUGCAGAGUGUCGGGGUGCUCAUCGCCGCGUACAUCAUCCGCUUCAAGCCUGAGUACAAGAUCGCGGACCCCAUUUGCACGUACGUGUUUUCACUGCUGAUGGCUUUCACCACAUUCCGCAUCAUCUGGGACACGGUGGUCAUCAUCCUGGAGGGGGUACCGAGCCAUUUGAAUGUGGACCGCAUCAAAGAGGCACUGAUGAAGAUAGAGGACGUGUACUCCGUGGAAGACCUGAACAUCUGGUCCCUCACAUCAGGAAAAUCCACCGCAAUCGUGCACAUGCAGCUAAUUCCUGGGAGCGCUUCGAAGUGGGAGGAGGUACAGUCUCGAGCCAAGCACCUGCUGCUGAAUACAUUCGGCUUGUACAAGUGCACCAUCCAGCUGCAGAGCUACAGGCCGGACUCAGGCAGGACUUGUGCGAGCUGCCAGGGCUCCAGCCCCUGAGCAUGGCCAGGCCCGUGCCUGACAUGGCCGCAGUCUCGGACUCAGAGCAAUAAACGGACCAGAUGAGGACGGUCCGGGACACAGUUUACAGUGACGACCCCGAGGAUACCUCCUAGCCCGGUGCCUGCUAGCAGAAUGCUGCCCGAGUCCAUUGUACCAAGCCGGUGCCGGAAACCGGGUCGUCGAUUUUAAAAUUAUGUAAUCUUAACUCCAGCUUCUGAAUUGCUGCUUUUUUUACAGAAAUGUUCUCAGCCAUCCCAGAAAGACUAGUUAUGGGGUGUGGAGCAUGUACUCAGCCUCAGUGUUCGGGAAGCCUCCUUUCCCAGAGAAGGCUCAGUGUCAUUGUCAGUUACACUUUAUAAACAGCUUUUUCCAGACACCACUGCGUUUCCAAUCUCAGAGUUGACCGUUUUGAUCCUGGGUUGGGUUCUCAGAGCCCAAUCUUUACAUGUUGUGAUUGAUCAUGCUGUCAUUAAGUUAGUUAGGAGGUAUUUUCAGUAUAAUUCUGAACAGCAGAAAUUGAUCUUAAGCUCAGAUCACCAUGCAGUUAUUUAAAACAAAAUAAAGUGAGGGGUGAGUUUCAGACUCACA